CUACCUCCAUUGAACCGGGCAGAAACGUACAGAAGGCACCUAAGAGACAUAUCAAAGGGAAAUUCCGGGCUGGGAUUUGCAAGCUGACGUUCAACAUGCCUACAAGACUCAGUCAACGUUCGGCUCUGGCCCCUACUCGCAUCCUCGAACCUAAACGACACUCCUCUGACCAGUCUUUUGGCGGCAUUAAACUUCAAAUUCGACAGCGUGUACCGCAACUGAGCAUCAGCAAGGAUAAAUUUCGCAAUGAAUCGCUGAGGACGAAGACAUUGGAUCAGCAGGAAAAGGAGGACGGCGAGUUUUAUUAUCAGCAGGAGGAUGCGGGCAUGCCAUCGGAGGCCUACGUGUGCGAGAAGAACAUAGCAAAGAAGCCUUCCAGGCCAUUUGUUUCGAAGGGGUCUCAUCAGCUCAAAGUAAUAGCUUCAUUGCCCUCUAUCUCCACUAGCCCUUCUGCGUUCUCCUUUCCUGAGCAGCCUCUCCGAGAAAGCAUUUCAAAAUCGAUUGACCUUUGGUUUGAUGACUUCAAAACAGACUCUUUCAUCUCGACAUCGACUAUCGACAAUCCACCACCAACGCCACCGCCCAAGAUCACAAUUGAGUCGGACGAGCAGCCGACUCCCAAGGCUACACAGGUCGCUUUCAAUAUCGCUACCGCUGUGCGGGAAGCUCCUUCUAUCAAUAGCUUCACUGCUAACGGAUCUUUCCUGGGCCUUCCAGAAGAAGCGGACAUGUUAUAUAGGAGUAAUAUUGUUUGGGGCGACCUUGACCACAGCGAGGAUCAACAAACGUCUCACAAGAAACUUGCCGCUGCGCAGCACUUGUCUCCCGCGAGUGCAGGUUCACAGAAGCAUAUAAAAGCUGCCGAUUUACGAUUUGAAGACGCAGAAUCGGAGGCUAGUAGGGCAAGAAACGAGGGAAGUUGCGAUCUCAACGACAAUACGGAAAAAUCGGAGCCGUUGGACAAGCCUUUGCCCCAUUUGCCAGAUGACAGUGGACCUUCAGAAUACAGUAUGACUACUUAUUCUCAAUCGUCAGCAAUCAUCUCAAAGACAGCUGAAUCACCUGAAGUUUUACACUCUCUGAAUUCUCAGCCUCUCCCACAGUGGAAAUCAUCAACACCGCGCAGACUCAGGCAUCACACUGUCUCAACUAAAUCCUAUGAGCAUUGCGACGAACCUGAGCAAGGUGAAGAGGAACAAGGCGCGGCCGUCCGUAAUCAGACGCGCCAUAGUUCGUCUGGAUGGGAACCUCCCAGACAGGAUGCUCAAGUUAAACCAGAGUCGACUAGAGCUAGGCAUGGCAAAGCAGGAUCGGUAUCGUCUACAGCUACAGCCAAAACGAUCGGGCAAAGCCAUUAUCCGGCUGGAAGUACUUUGACAAGGAAUCACAUCCGCGCAGUGGCCCCUCAGGAAACCUCUCGUUUAGUCAUCGACCACAGCAUUGCCCCCGCCAAGCCCAUUAUGGAUACAGUGACCAAUAGGAUCAAUAGCGCAAAGGGAUCCAAAUCAACUCGGGGCUCUUUCGAGCUCAACGAUCACGCAGUUGUCCGUGCUAGCACCGCUGAAAAUCAGACCAUCCACUCUUUGGUAGAAGAUGACGAUGUAGAGAUAAUUGGUGAUUUCACCUUUGCAUCUUCUCGCCGACCUUCCGUAUCCUCAUCCGUCAAGACCAUGGGAACUGUCAGUUUCGCAUCUGCCACGGCUGCCCGAGCCCCUCGGAUUUCUCUCCGCUCUCCGCAUGAUCGCAACACGUCUUCUCAAGACUCUCCGGCACAGCACCCAGUUCGCGCGCGCUCUCAAUCGGAGGAUCCCGUACCGCGCUGCAUCUUUGGAAUCUCCGCUAUAUUUUCCCAAUCAAAGCCAGGACCAAAUAGGAAAGGGCACCGAUCAAUCCUCGACCCGUUCUCCUCUUUCGAUCCACACGUACCUAUUGUUCCAUGCAAGACUGUCCCCAACGACAACUGGAUCUUGAUCACCAACACUGCGGAAGAUGACAUACUUCGACCGGGUUGGAAAGAUGUAGAAAUGCGAUGGGUGGAAGGUGAGAGCUUUGGGGGGUGGAUGAUGAGGAGGAUUCGGGGAGAGUGUUGGAAUACGGUAGUGGCGAGAGAGAAAAGGGCUGAUGAGCAGCUCAGAAUGAUGGAGCUGAGGGAUGGUAAAGGAGGAUAGAAUUACGUAGAAGCUCAUUUUACAUUUUGUUGACACACAAGCGUCGUUUGUAAUUCUCUUAGUUCCCGAUUUGAUAUCAUGAAUGGACACUAUCAUCG